AUGCCUCACCCAGCAGAAAGUAAUUUCAAAUACAUUUUAAAUCAGAAAGAUUUCAACUUGGAGAAGUUUAUCGGCAAAUACUUCCCCGAGUUUUGGAGAAGCAUUUUAGAUUAUGUUAAAUCUAAUAACAAAAGGAGCGAAAAAGGCAUUUUUGGAAAGACAUAUAAUAUCGAUUUCCAGAGAAUUGCCCAAAGUCUUACCAUUAUUCUCCCUAAAAUUAAAGUAGGCUCGUAUUCUCCUGAUAAAGUUGCAGAUGCAGAUACAUUUUUCGGAAUGAUCUUCCAUCCAGACUCACCAGAAGAUUUACGCCAAUUAUUUGCCCCAAUUUAUCUUACCUUCCUUGAAACAUGUAACGAUGCAGAACUUCCUACACUUAAAUCCUCUUUUAAGUAUUUUAUUCCUAUCCCAUUCCUCGGUAAAAAUGAGCAGGAAAAGGCUGUACUCAAGACAUUUAUCGAUAGAGAGCCAGAAGCAAUUCUCGGUGAUGAAACAGCAGUUAAACAAGUCACCAACGUUCAGGCUUACAUCGAAAUGCUUCUCAAAUGGAUUUUAAAGAACUGGGAUCACAGAUCCGGCUCUUUAAUGCAGCCUUUGUUCCAAAAUACUUUAAGUGCUAUUUAUUUCAAAGAAGCAGAGGCUACCGGUUGGGAUUUACCCGUCUACCGUUGUUCUACACCAGUUACAUCGGAUAUCCAUGAAACAAUCUGCAAGUUCUUCGGAGAUCUUUUUAAUGAAGAUCACAACUUCAAUAUUCUCCUCGAAAAGAAAACAUUGAACUUCAUUAUCGAAAUACUUAAAUCCUCAGAAACAGCCUGCUCAAUUGAAGCUACGAAAUCGUCUUUACAAGCCUUAAUCGCGAUUGCUUCAAACGGAAGCCUUAGCGAAGGUUACGAAUUGAACGACCUCAUUUCUAAGGCCGGACAAAUCGCUAUUGACCUUUUCGUAAACUCAAGGGACGGACAAAUCGCUCUUUCUCUCAGCGAGUUCGCCUUUUGGCUUUUCCUCGACAAGGAAACAGGCUCCAUCGAUAGCCGCAAGAAAUUGAUCAACGACAUGCUUUCUUACGCAUUAUGUGAUGAUCAAGCAGCCGCAAUCAUGAUGGGCUCUCUGAUCGUACGCCUCUUAUUAACAGGCGACACAGAAAAUUUCAUUUGGGAUACAGUAACCGAUCAUAUCCUUAAUAAUGAAAUUUAUGCAGCGACUGCAGCAAAGCACAUGCAACUUAUCGCCACAAUACAAUUCUCAAGCGUCUUUAAUAUCAACAAGGAUACAAUUUUCGAGAACUGCAGCCAAGCAAUCGAACGAAAUCAGAGAAAUAAAAUUACUACACCGUUUGACUUCGUCGCACAGAACAUUGAAGCCAUUAUUAAGAACCCACCUGAGAUUGUCCACGACAAAGUCAAGAUGUCUUGGCCAAAAUUCUCUCAUUUCAACGAUACUCUCAAAUUAGUUCCAUUUACUGUUGCAGAUUUGACUUAUGAGACCGACGAGAUGUACAAUGGAUUGGCUGCCAUGAUUGAUUCACUCAGCAGAUACCCAACAUUCGACUCUCCAAAGGCUCAUGAGAACGGAUUUGCCGUUUUGAACUCAUACUACGCCAUGUUUGCUACAUUAAGACUCAUGCCACCGGGCAUUCAGUAUUCCCACACAAGAGCAUUCGAAAUCGCUUCAAGACCUCUAUUUUCCGGAUUAAUCACCGAAGAAAACAUACCAAUACAAACAAACGCUCUCAAGACACUUGGCGAUUUACUACUUACUCAGGACUUGAAGAACCAUGUUACCGAUGAAAUGUUGUCUCAUUGGUACAGCUGCCUUCUUCUUACGCUCAUGAGCUCCGACCAUGACUUGUCCAAGCUCGCCUUCGAGUCAGCAGUCUCAACAAUGAUGAUCGGAUUCAAAGGAUCCGGAAUCUUGGCUCCAACUCUUCUCAAGUUCGUUUCCAAUGUAAAUAUAGAGUCGCAAAGUGUUCUCUCAUUGAUCUCCAGCUCAGCGAUCAUGAGAUGCCCUCAUUCCAUGGACAAGACAUUCUAUGACUCCAUUAAGUCAAAACUUGACAACCGAUCACAUAUUCUGAGGCCAGAUUGGAAGUCACUUUUGACACAAGAAAGUGACAAUUUAAUACCCGAUUUAUUGAAAGCCGUUGACAAAUUGGGUGAGAAUGAUAGCGAAUCCAACAUAGAAAUACUAUCCACAGCAUGUUCCACAAUAAUCAUUGAUGAAAUCCACUGUAAGAAUCCAGAUAAAGAUGUCAUUUCAUUUUUACUCAAACACCUGACAAAUGCUGUCAAGAAACAGUCAGAACCAGCUCUCCAGAUGUGUCUCGCUGUUGCACAACACUCAAAUCAGAUCAUAAAGAUCUGUAAAAAACCUUAUUACCAACAUAUUAAAGAAUUGUCUAAAAUGGCCGACCAAAUAACAGUAAAUUCAGAGCCUCACUUCACUUUUGCAUAUAUGCAUAUUAUGACCACCAUAUUAGUUACAUCUCUUGAUGCCGGUCGCCAGCACGCCCAUUAUUUCAAUGAUUUAUUGACGAGAUUCAUCAACGAAACAGUAUUUCCAAACGAAUAUCCAUCACAAAUCCAACAAUUUGCCAUUUCUGCCAGAGAAAUGUUGUCAAUUUUCUUAGCCAGUUAUCCAUUCACUGACUGUCCAUCAAUACCAAGUGGCAGAUGUCCGAAGAGUUCUGCACAACCACUGACAAUCAUCAUGCCAAAUGGAACAUAUAUCACUCCAGAAUUAAUUGACGAGAAAACGACGAGUUAUUUGGUACAAACAAGAGUUGGACAGUUCAUUUGGAACAUGACAAGUUACACAGAUUGCUUCACAAACGAAGAAUGCAAAUUAACAUUAUGUGAAGAAAAAGGAGAACCAACAAUUCAGUCAAUAAACAUCGAUGUUCCACAGCAAGAGUUCACAAAGAUAUUCACAGACAUCGUUGAGGGAUUCAAAGAAGAAUUCCACAUGGACUACAAACUCGAUGACAUCAAGGAAGACAAAGAAAACCUCAGCCAAGCGAUCGACGACAUCAACAAAUACUACGAAGAAUACGUAACAGCGAACACUCAUCAGCCAGCGAGGAAGAUCAGGCCUCCUCUCGAGAUCGAAAGCAAACCAUUCGCAGGACUCAACGCUAUUGGAAUGGUCGAACCAAAGCAGGCACACGAACUCCAGAGAACAACAUUCAACAAACAGGACGAACAGAUGAAUGUUUCAAAGAACAACAUCGAAACAUUGUUCGUCAACAUAUUGAAGGCAGAUCACAGAUGGCAGUGGAAAGCAGCCAUUGGAUAUGUCAGGGAUGGAAUUACAGACCAGUUGAAGAUAUUGAUGACGAAAUUCGAUCAGGUUUCUCCUCGUUUCAAAGAGUUUAUUUCAUUACUCGGUUGGAAUGUUUCAUUGAAGAAUUGGCCAAUAUAUUCCGGUGGUUUAGAUGUAAUGAAAGAAAACAAUGGCGUUUCAAGUAUAUUUAUUCCAGGCUUUGAUUAUGAAUUGAUGUUCCACGUUGCUCCUCUUAUGCCUACAAAUAAAAAGGAUGAGCAACAAGUAGAUAAGAAGAAACACCUAGGCAAUGACCACAUUCAGAUAUUGUUUGUUGAAAGUGAUUUGCAAUAUGACCCAUUAACAAUCACUUCUCAGUUUAACUUCGUAACUAUCAUUGUUUAUCCAUUACAGACUGGUUUGUACAGGAUAGACAUGCACCAUAGAGAUGGAUUGAAGUGGUUCGGACCUCUCCAUGACCCUGUAGUUGUGUCUAAAGAAUGUUUGUCUUCAUUAAUUAACUCGACAAUCAACAUCGCUAUGAAUAACUUCAGAAUUGCUCAGUGCAACUACUCACAUCCAACUCUUGACUCACUAAAGAAGAUACAACAGAUUACAACGGAUUAUGUAAGAACAGAACAAGAUGAUGAAUCAACAAUCCAAGAAUUGCAAUUGUAUGUCAAACCUCCAUCACCAGAAUCUUAA